UGCCUCCUCUCCCUAGUGUGGGUGGCAGCUCUGAGACGCUGGCGUUACAAUAUUAGCUCUCUGUGCGGGCGUGUGAGAGAGAGAACGCACGCACGCAAACCAUUUGCACCUGCUCUGACGCCCUAACUCUAACAUUAUUAUUCUUGAGAGGAACUGUUGUCAGGACUGGAGUGCAUCUUUAACGAGAGGCGUAGCUAUUCAGUUGUGCUCCCCGGAGAACAAAUUUCCGCUUCCUGCUAUGAAAAACAUCGAACUUUUGACCUAAUCGCAUCAAAUGUGUCUGCAGAACAGAAAAGCAAGCAAGAAGUAAUGGAAUUCUGUGUAUGAAAGCGCAAUUUAAAGCAUCAGAGUGUGCUGAAAAUAUUGGUAUGCACAAGUCGGGAAGCUGAAUGAAAGGUAUUUUUCUUCCACAUCUAUAACACCUUCAGUAUGUCGGAGAGAGGGGGUCUCCCGCGGACUGGGGGCACACCAUCUCCACAUAUGCAGCCGUCCAAGACAGUAACGAUCUCCCCGAACCGUCCGGUUCAAAUGAACCUGUAUGCAACCUGGGAAAUUGACCGCUCAUCUCCAAGCUGUGUGCCCAGGCUCUUCACUGUUACCCUGAAGAAGCUGCUGAUGCUUCAGGAGCUGGACAGAGACCUAACCUCUGUUGUCAUUGCAGUCAAACUCCAGGGAUCAAAGCGCAUUUUACGUUCCAAUGAGAUCCUUUUGGCAUCGGCUGGACUUACUGAGACUGAUCUUCAGCUGACGUUCUCCUUGCAAUAUCCACAUUUUUUGAAACGAGAUGCCAACAGACUGCAGAUCAUGUUGCAGAGGAGGAAGAGGUACAAGAACCGCACCAUUCUGGGCUAUAAGACCCUGGCUCUGGGCCUCAUCAACAUGGCAGAGGUGAUGCAGCAUCCAAGUGAGGGAGCCCGUGUGUUGGCUCUCCACACCACAGUGAAGGACACGGCUGUGACUGUGGCUGAGAUGAGGGUCUACUCGCUCUCCAGCCAGCCCAUCGACCACGAGGUGUCCAAGGCCAAACUGUCAGACCGCUCCCCUGACAUUGACAACUACUCGGAGGAAGAGGAAGAGAGCUAUUCAUCAGAGCAGGACGGGAGUGAUGACCCUGCUCACAUCCAGUAUCUGUUCGAAGAAGAUGACACGAGGAAGAAGAAGCACAGACGCAAACUCACCUCUGCAGCCUCCAUCACCAGAGGUCAUCCCAACAUCAAGCAGAAGUUUGUGGCCUUGUUGAAGAGGUUUAAAGUGUCUGAUGAGGUGGAAUUUGGCCUGAAGAACGUGUCCCAAGAGCACAUCCGUGAUGUGGAGGAGGACUUGGAUGAGCUCUAUGACAGUCUAGAGAUGUACAACCACAGUGACAGCGGCCCAGAGAUGGAGGAGACGGACAGCGUCCUCAGCACACCCAAACCCAAGCUCAGGCCCUUCUUUGAGGGCAUAUCCCAGUCCAGCUCGCAGACCGAGUUUGGCAGUCUGAACAGCAGGUGCAGUCUGCCCAAAGACACCCUGAGCCCACAAGGAGAUCAGCCCCAAUCAGGCAAGAUGAACCGCACUCGCUCCCGCAACCUGGAUGACUCUAAGACAGACACCCAGGAGCUGAUUGAUCCGAAGGGGUUACUGGAGACAACAGACUGCAUCACUGUCUCUGUCCCAGAGAAGCUACCCAGGACCCCGACGAGGGAACUGAGGAGCAGCAACAGUGAGAGCCACACCACCAUGCUCUCCCCCAGGUUGGAUGAUGGGCACACACCCAGGCAGAGACGUGGGACGCCAAUGAAGGAGAGGCGAGGGCUGUCCAAACCACUGAGCGAACGCACCAACAGCUCUGACAGCGAGAGGUCACCAGAGCUCAGCCGCACCCCACAGGUGCCCAGGAAGGCUGUGUAUGACCAGCUGAAUCAGGUCUUCUCCUCAGACACUGCCCUCCCAGACAGCCUGGUCCUGGUCAACACCAGUGAUUGGCAGGGACAGUAUGUGUCCGAGGUGCUACUGGCCCAGAAGCAGCCAGUAGUGUGUACCUGCUGUGGGGUGGAAAUUCAGGCUGUCCUCACCACCCUCCUCACACGCAUCCAGAAGUUCUGUAACUGUAACUCGUCCACGCCGCCGCCGGUCAAGGUGGUGGUGGCAGGGGGACAGAGCUACCUGGGGGCCAUCCUACACUUCUUUGUCAGUCAGCUGGCCAACAAAACAUCUGAUUGGCUCAGCCUCAUCCACUUCCUGGUUGUCCCCCUGGGCUGUCACCCUGUAGCCAAGCACCUGGCCUCCCUGGACCCUCGCUACAGCUCUGUGUUCCUGGACAAUGCCUGGAAAGAUCUGUUCAGCGGCCUGGAGGCCCCUCACUCCACUGCAGACGGCGUGGACGUGGCAGGAAGGAUCAGCCAGUACAUCAGCAGCGUCUCUGUCACACACCAGUUGCCUAUUGCUGAGGCCAUGCUCACCUGCGAGUACAAGAGAUAUGACGAAGACUCUUACCAGAAGUUUGUUCCCUUCGUUGGGGUGGUGAAAGUAGGGUUGAUUGAACCGACUCUGGCGUAUUCAGGUGGAGACACUGAGGAGGCUGUUAGCGUCAGCUUGGCUGUUCCCUCCACCUCCCCACAAUCUCAUGGAUCUCCCACAGGGAUGCCCAGAGAGGCUGUCACCCCACCCCCAUCUCCCUCCCUGAGCAGCGGACUGGUGAGCCCUAAUAUGUCCCAUGGGGUGGACACCAUUGGGCUGACGGUGGAUUAUUGGGUAGCAACAUGCUCAGAGCGGAAGAAGGAUGGGGAGCGGUGUGACAAGGGCUCCAAGAACACGCUGAAGAGUGCCUUCUGCUCCCUACAGGUCAGCAGGCUGCCAGGAGGGGGCUCCACUGAGAACCAUCCCCAGGCCAACACCAUGGCCAUGACCAUGGUCACCAAGGAGAAGAACAAGAAAGUCUCCACCAUAUUCCUGGGCAAGAAGCCCAAAGAGAGGGAUGUAGACUGUAAAAGCCAGGUGGUUGAGGGCAUCACCAGACUCAUCUGUUCUACCAAGCAGCAGCAGACAAGCCUAAAAGUGUCUGUUGACGGUGUGGAGUGGACUGAUGUCAAGUUCUUCCAGCUGGCUGCUCAGUGGCCCACCCAUGUGAAGUACCUGCCAGUGGGGCUGUUUGGCUACAACAAGACCGCCACCUAGAGGCCAACCCAGACAAGACCGCCACCUAGAGGCCAGACACUUAUUCUUCCUGGGCAUCAUAUUAUCAGCUGUCUAAACUGGAGGGCACUGGACAGAAAGCCAUUGAAUAAGGAUUAUUGUUACAUGACCAAGGAGAGUUGUUACAUGAUGACAUGAAUUGACGCCACUAAGAAGAGGCCAUAAUCUGUUAUGUAUUUGAUGCUGGAGGGAGUUUCUCUUCUUCCUCUUGCCAUGAUCCUAAUAGUUGGACCUGUUUUCAGAAAGCCUUUCUACAUUGAUUCAUAAUUUUUCUGUGAGAUACUGAUACUUUUUUGUGUGUGUGUGUGUGGCACAAGCACGUGUGUGUGAGCACCCCAAACUCUUGUGAAUUUAUGUGCAUAUAUGCAUGGGUUGUCAUAGAAACAAACACUUAAAACACUACAGAAAUCUAAAAUAUUUUGUCUACUUCAAAGCUUGUGGUGGUCAAACACGUAUUUUUAUAAUGGUACAUGUACUAUGAGCACUGCAGAUGUCCUUUUGUUACUGAUAUACUUGAAGCUUCGGUGUCGUCCAUCAUUUUGAGGUAAUCUUUAAAAAAUAUUGACAUGUCCCUUUGACCUGAAGAAAUAAAUUAUCACGACUUA